AUGAAUUCUCUAGUUUUGGCUAUAUUUUUGGUGUUGGUGGCUGUGGUUGGUGCACAAUUUGGUGGUGGGCCUGGUGGAUUUGGGGGCCAAGGUGGAUUCGGGGGCCAACAAGGUGGACGUGGAGGCUUCGGAGGUCAACAAGGAGGAUUCCAACAAGGUGGGCGUGGUGGAUUCGGAGGCCAGCAAGGUGGAUUCGGUGGUCAACAAGGCUUCGGAGGUCAAGGUGGACAAUUCGGAGGUCAGGGUGGAUUCGGUGGACAACAAGGUGGAUUUGGCGGAGGAUUCGGAAGAAAAUAG